AAAGAGUUUCCCAGGCACCAGUGUAAAAGCGUCUCACGCUCAUAACACGCUGUACAGGACUUCGACUGACAUCUGUUGUCGAUUUCUCAUUUCAUAUUUCGCACAAAGAAGCUCGCAGACAUGGAGAAGGGCUGCAUCACCGCAACCAAGUACUUCCUGUUCCUCUGCAACCUCCUGUUCUUUAUUUUCGGGGCCCUGAUUUUGGGGUUCGGACUAUGGAUUCUCCUGGACAACCAGAGCUUCAUUGCUGUACUACAGGAAGCCUCCACGUCGCUGAAGGUGGCGUGCUACAUCCUGAUCGGCGUGGGCUCCAUGUCCAUGCUCAUGGGCUUCCUGGGCUGCAUCGGGACCAUCUAUGAGAUCCGCUGCCUGCUGGGCCUGUACUUCACCUGUCUCCUGCUGAUCCUCCUCGCCCAGGUGGUGGCCGGAGCUCUCUUCUACUUCCAGCGGGAGAUGCUGAAGAAAGAGGUGUCCACCGUCAUGAACAGGAUCAUUGUGGACUACACCGGGCAGAACCGCACCACUGAUGUUGCCUGGGACUACAUCCAGAGGACGAUUCAGUGCUGUGGGUGGACGGGUCCUGGAAACUGGUCUGAGAACACUCUGAUAAGGAACAGUUCCCAGGCACUGUACCCCUGUUCCUGCCGAAACACGUCCCUCCCCGGGGUGGACGUGAAGAGCGGGGGCUUCUGUGAGACCCUGUCCCCAGAGUGGCCCGUCUACAGCACGGGCUGCAUCUCCAGUGUGGAGGCCUGGCUGCUGAGCAACGCCGGGGUCAUUCUGGGGGUGUGCGCAGGGGUGGCGGUCAUCGAGCUGCUGGGGAUGGUCCUGUCCUUGUGCCUGUGCAAGAGUGUACACCAGGAGGACUACACCCAAGUGCCCAAGUACUGAAGCUGAAGACUAAGGAGCCCCGCCCCAACCCACCUCCGCCCUCGCCCUCCCCCACCUAUCUGUGCCAAUCCACCUACCCUCAGAGACCCAAAUAAGAGAUCUCUUACUCUCUCUCUGUCUUAACCACGCCAAAUCCUUAGCGCACGUUCUGGAGUCAAGCACAAAUCGAGAUAUUGGAGACUUUAUGCCAUUAAAGAUUGAAGUAAAUGUUUCUUGUUAGUGUUGGGGUGUACGUUUUGCAUCGAAGCAAGACUCUUGAAAAGGAGUGUUCUUUUUGAGCAAGUGUAAGCCCAAUUUAGUAAACACUUUCCCUGGUU